CGUAGUUUCCCGGCCUGCCCCGCGCGCCGCCCCCGGAAGUGCGCCGGUCCGCUCGCCGGUGCCGCGUCCGGGCGGGUGGGUGCCGGCGGGUGGCCGCGGCCCAACGCCAUGGCGGGGUCGCCGGACAUGUUCGACGCCAUCGUGAUGGCCGACGAGAGGUUCCGCGGGGAAGGCUUCGCCGAGGGCUUCGCGGAGGGCAGCGGCCUGGGCCUGCGGCAGGGACGGCGGCUCGGGGCGGCGCGCGGGGCGCGGGUGGCGGCGGAGGUCGGCUGCUACCGGGGCUUCGCCGUGGCCUGGCGCUGCCUCCUGCGCGGUGGGGCCUCCGAGAAGGACCGCAAGAAGGUGAAGGCGCUGGAGGCGCUGCUCGCCAUGAUCCAGCGGUUCCCCUACGACGACGCGGCCUACGGGGAGCUGCUGCGGGACCUGGACGGCAUCCGGGGCAAGUUCCGGCAGCUCUGCUCGCUGCUGCACGUGCGGCCCGACCUCAGGAUCCCCGCAGAGGCGGCCGGACUGUCGUUCUGAGCGGCUGCGCCCAGGGGCCGGGCACGGAGCGCCGCCGAGGAGCGUGAUCCGGCUCGGACCCGGGUUCAGGCCGCGCAGGGAGCGGCUGGGGUGCGGCUGGGCCUCCCCGCGGGCCGGGGUCCUCACCCCCGGGGCCUGGUCCCCCCUCUGGCCGGUGCCGCGCUCGCCAUAAACGAUCCUUCAACAA